AUGGUCUGGGCCGGGGUUUGUUACAAUCAGAAGCUUGUGUUACAUGUAAUAGAAUCUCGCAUGAACAGUGGAUUCUACUGUAAUAUGUUAGAAAUUUUGCAUAAAAGUUUUUUCGAACAAAACAGCAAUAAUGAUUUCGUUUUUUAA